GUGGGCUGUAUCCAACAGAGAAAUGCUCAUGGCACAGAAUAGUUCGUUGGAAUUUAAACUGCACAGAUUGUAUUUCAUUAGUUUAUUGAUGGGUGGAACAGCAAAUCAAAGAGAAGCCCUUCAGUAUGCAAAAAACUUCCAGCCAUUUGCCCUAAAUCAUCAGAAAGAUAUCCAGGUUUUGAUGGGCAGCCUGGUGUACCUGCGGCAAGGAAUAGAGAACUCUCCGUACGUUCAUCUAUUAGAUGCCAACCAGUGGGCGGACAUCUGUGACAUCUUUACAAGAGAUGCCUGUGCUCUUCUGGGUCUCUCCGUUGAAUCACCUCUCAGUGUUAGUUUUUCAGCAGGUUGUGUAGCAUUACCAGCUCUAAUUAAUAUCAAGGCAGUUAUUGAACAAAGGCAGUGCACUGGUGUUUGGAACCAGAAGGAUGAACUACCGAUUGAAGUGGACCUUGGCAAAAAGUGCUGGUAUCAUUCAAUAUUUGCCUGUCCCAUUCUUCGUCAGCAAACAACAGAUAAUAACCCACCUAUGAAAUUAGUCUGUGGUCAUAUUAUAUCAAGAGAUGCUUUGAAUAAAAUGUUUAAUGGCAGCAAGUUAAAAUGCCCCUAUUGUCCCAUGGAACAGAGCCCUGGAGAUGCCAAACAGAUAUUUUUCUGAAGAAAAGCUUCAUUAUGCAGUUUGUAAGUGACACUCUGGAUUUCAGGUGCAUUUCAGGAGAAUUCAAACACACUUGUUCCCUUUUAUGCAGCAGACUGAGGACUCCUAUGUUUGUAUAAGCUAAUGCUACAGAAACUUUGCCAACAUUUAGUAUAUACAUACCAAGUGGAAAUGCUACAGAAAUAUUAUUACCAUAGGGCUUUACUAUACUCUUGGUCUCCAUACCUGAUCAAGUUACUACACCAGCAGUUGUCAUUCAAUGCAGGUUUUUGUACUUAACUAUAUGGUGACUUUUUACUUUUUAAAAGCAGAAAUUGAUCCACCCCCAUGUGUUGACUAUUCUUCCUGCUCUUAUUCUGUCAUUCUAUUGGUAACUGUCACCUUAGGGAACGUUUGUGGACAAAGUUUUCCUUCCUGUAACGUGUACAUAAUUAAAGGUAAAUACUUCAGAGGAAAAACCCAGCCGAGUUUGAUAAAUUGAAUAGUGGUUCUAAAACUAAUUUGUAUUUUUUUGGCUGACAAAGCUGUGAUAUAUUCUUGAGUUUUUUCUUUCAAACCUUUUUUUUUUUUUUCCAACUUUUAAAUAGAAUUCAAAGUAAAUGUGCAUAUAUAUAAAGUAUAUAAAAUCUAUAGCCCCCAGGGGCUACAUGGUAAAAUCCAUCACUAAUUUAUAAGAGUGAUGCGUGGCUAAAUUACUACUGGAGCAGAGGGCAAAUAGGAAAUCCUGUUCCUUUUGGUUUCAUGAUGGAGAAGUGUUUGUGUAAGAGAACAUUCAAUAAAUCCUGAAGUGGAAAUGCUUUUAGUCGAUGCCAUUUGCUCUCUGGCCUUUGUAGUCAUGUUCUUUGAACUUUGUAUUCAGGAUUAGGCUAUAAAUGUCAUGUUGCUGUAUAGUUUACUAGUCAUUAGAGUGUACUAUUUAUAAACAGUUAUCAAAACCAAAUAAAUUGUACAAGUAUUCAUUGUUAACUGGGGGAGAAGCAUGUUCUGAUGCAACCUACUGAUCAUGACUCUGCACUUGGCAGAACUGGGCCCUGCAUCAUAUCUUAGGAUCUAGCAAGUUUCCUGUAGCUUGAGAACACUUUUGCUUCUAGCCUUGUUUUUGUAGUAGAAUAUUACUGCCAUUGCCACUUCUUCUGCUAAAUUUGUCAUCUUGCUGACUAGCUAAAUUUGUACUCAUAACCCAGGCGUAGAUCAUGGCAGUUAAAUCUUUUCUAGUGUGCAUAUCUUUGUAUUUAUUGCACUGUCCUAUAGGAGGGCGAGCAGCCUCAUGGCAUGCAAAGCUACGUGUACAGUUCUCUUUCUGUAUUGUGUAGUUCAAAAAGCCAACCCAAGCUUAUAUGGUUGAGUCCUGACACACUGGUUGAAUGCACUUAGCACAAUGCACUACAGAGAAGACCGUCUUUGAUGAGAAAUCUACACCUUUUGAAUUUGGUUGUCACCUGACGUGAGAGACUGAGUUGGACUCUAUCGGAUCAGUGACAAUGGACAACCCUAAAGAGACAUUGAGGAGCAAGUCAAGGCACACAAAUUUGAAACUUGAAAUGUGUUUGAUACAUUUUGGGGGGGGGGGAAUCAAUACAGGUGUGUGAUUUUUCUGCAGAACUGAACUUGUAUUCACAUGAGGUUCCAAACAACCGCGUUACCAAGUGGUAAAAGCAACAAUAAACGGGUGAGGAGAUUAUUUUCCAUGUA